ACCGGGCGGCGCGGAGCCGGCGCCCCGACGACCCGAGUUCGCUGCGGCCCCUCCUCACGGCUUACCUGGUGCCACGUUAGGUAACAGGUCUGGCCUUGCCCCGCAGACGAUGGCUUCGCCCCCCGUGAGCUAGAGCCUGCCCCACCUUCCCCGGUGCCUGCCCGCCGCCAGCCAGCAGGAUGCAGCUGUGGAAGGCGGUGGUGGUGACCCUGGCCUUCAUGACCACGGACAUCGGCAUCACCACCGCCAUCUACGCCUUCAGCCACCCGGACCGCAGCCUGCUGGAGGACAUCCGCCACUUCAACAUCUUCGACUCGGUGCUGGACCUGUGGGCGGCCUGCCUGUACCGCAGCUGCCUGCUGCUGGGGGCCACCAUCGGCGUGGCCAAGAACAGCGCCCUGGGGCCGCGGCGGCUGCGGGCCUCGUGGAUGGUCACGGCGCUCGUGUGCCUCUUUGCGGGCAUCUACGCGAUGGUGAAGCUGCUGCUCUUCUCCGAGGUCCGCAAGCCGGUCCGGGACCCGUGGUUCUGGGCCCUCUUCGUGUGGACCUACAUCUCGCUCACCGCCUCCUUCCUGCUCUGGUGGCUUCUGUCCACGGUGCAGCCGAGCACCAAGGCCCUGGAGCCGGGGGCAGGUGCCGAGGCCGAGGCCGAGGGCUUCCCCGGGGAGGACCGGCCGCUGCCGGAGCAGGCGUCCGGGGCCACGCUGCAGAAGCUGCUGUCCUACACCAGGCCCGACGUGGCCUUCCUCGUGGCCGCCUCUUUCUUCCUCAUCGUAGCGGCGCUGGGAGAGACUUUCCUCCCCUACUACACGGGCCGGGCCAUCGAUGGCAUUGUCAUCCAGAAGAGCAUGGAGCAGUUCAGCACGGCCAUCAUCAUCAUGUGCUUGCUGGCCCUCGGCAGCUCAUUUGCCGCAGGUAUUCGGGGCGGCAUUUUUACCCUCAUAUUUGCCAGACUGAACAUCCGCCUCCGGAACUGUCUCUUCCGCUCACUGGUGUCUCAGGAGACGAGCUUCUUUGAUGAGAAUCGCACAGGGGACCUCAUCUCCCGCCUCACCUCGGACACCACCAUGGUCAGCGACCUGGUCUCCCAGAACAUCAACGUCUUCCUGCGGAACGCAGUCAAGAUCACGGGCGUGGUGGUCUUCAUGUUCAGCCUCUCCUGGCAGCUCUCCCUGGUCACCUUCAUGGGCUUCCCCAUCAUCAUGAUGGUGUCCGACAUCUACGGCAAGUACUACAAGAGGCUCUCCAAGGAGGUGCAGAACGCCCUGGCCAGGGCCAGCAACACGGCCGAGGAGACCAUCAGCGCCAUGAAGACGGUGCGGAGCUUUGCCAAUGAGGAGGAAGAGGCCGAGGUGUACUCGCGGAAGCUGCAGCAGGUGUACCAGCUGAACAGGAAGGAGGCGGCCGCCUACACCUACUACGUCUGGGGCAGCGGGCUCACGCUGCUGGUGGUCCAGGUGAGCAUCCUCUACUACGGGGGCCACCUUGUCAUCUCCGGGCAGAUGACCAGCGGCAACCUCAUCUCCUUCAUCAUCUACGAGUUUGUGCUGGGAGACUGUAUGGAGUCCGUGGGCUCUGUCUACAGCGGCCUGAUGCAAGGAGUGGGGGCCGCCGAGAAGGUGUUCGAGUUCAUUGACCGGCAGCCAACCAUGGUGCACGAUGGGAACUUGGCGCCUGACCACGUGGAGGGCCGCGUGGACUUUGAGAACGUGACCUUCACCUACCGCACUCGGCCCCACACCAAAGUCCUGCAGAACGUCUCCUUCAGCCUGUCCCCAGGAAAGGUGACUGCACUCGUGGGGCCGUCGGGCAGUGGGAAGAGCUCCUGUGUCAACAUCCUGGAGAACUUCUACCCGCUGGAGGGGGGCCGCGUGCUGCUGGACGGGAAGCCCAUCAGCGCGUAUGACCACAAGUUCCUGCACCGAGUGAUCUCCCUGGUGAGCCAGGAGCCCGUGCUGUUCGCCCGCUCCAUCACCGACAACAUCUCCUACGGCCUGCCCACCGUGCCCUUCGAGAUGGUGGUGGAGGCCGCGCAGAAGGCAAACGCCCACGGCUUCAUCAUGGAGCUCCAGGACGGCUACAACACAGAGACGGGGGAGAAAGGCGCCCAGCUGUCGGGUGGCCAGAAGCAGCGGGUGGCCAUGGCCCGGGCUCUGGUGCGGAACCCGCCUGUCCUUGUCCUGGACGAAGCCACCAGCGCUCUGGACGCAGAGAGCGAGUUCCUGGUGAACCGGCCCCUCCUGUCCCCCCAGAUCCAGCAGGCCAUCCACGGCAACCUGCAGAAGCACACGGUGCUGAUCAUCGCCCACCGGCUGAGCACGGUGGAGCGGGCGCACCGCAUCGUGGUGCUGGACAAGGGCCGCGUGGUGCAGCAGGGCACCCACCAGCAGCUGCUGGCCCAGGGCGGCCUCUAUGCCAAGCUGGUGCAGCGGCAGAUGCUGGGGCUCGAGCCCCCCCUGGACUGUGCCGCGGGCCACAGCGAGCCGCCGGGCAGCGGCUGUCCCAAGGCCUGACCGUGGCCCCUGCCUCUCCCGGUGGGGCAGAGGCCCGGCACCCACUUGGCAGAUGUACCCACGGAGGGAGGGUAGCCCUCAGCUGUCCCAGAGCUCGGGCCCACGGCGGCGGAGGGGACCUGCCGCGUCCCACGUCCCACGUGUCGCUGCUUCCUGCAUCUUGCCCUGGUCCCCGUUUCGUUCCCCGGCCGCCACCAGCCCUCGCUGCCACGAGCCGCUCCCUCCACCCGGCAGUGGAGACGCCGAGGUCUCUCCACCUGGUCUCCCAAGGGUUCCACGUGAAGGUCGCGUCACCUUUUUAAACCAAGUUCUCUCCAGGUGGUUUUUUUUUUUUGUUUUUUUUUUUAACUGGUUGGUUGGAUGGGACCCGGUCUACUCCCAGAUUUCAAAAGCAUUUUUCUAAUUGGGAGUAACAGUGGGCAGGGUCACUGAGAUGUUCUAGAAACUUCUGAGCCAGGAGCGAAUGACCCUUCCUAGUAGCCUAGGGGAGGUCGGGGGGAACUAGGCCUCUACUAUUUGCCCCUGGAGAGAAGGGGCUUCCCUGUCCCCGAGGGAAGUCACAGGGAGGGGACUUUCUGUCUCUCCCUCUUCCCAGCUUUGUGAGUCAGGCCCCGGGCGGCCGGGGAGGGUGGGAGAGGCCUGUCUGUCCCCCGGCCCUGCCGCCUGCCAGAUCUAAGCCAGUCUCACUGUGAACCACUGUGAACUUCAAAUGGGGGAGUGAGGGGCUGGCCAGGCCUGGCGGAGCCUAAGGGUGACCCUGGCCCAGGACCCAGCUUUAGCCCCUCACCCCACCCCCCACUCUGCUGUCCCGAGGCCCUUUGAUGUUUGGGAGACGCGUUCUCUUACCCGAUCAGUGGAUGGGAGGGUGGCAAAGUUCAGGGUCUGGCUUUGCAGGGAGAUUGGGAGAUGUUGGGAGAACUCGGUCAAUAAAGUGUACUACCUCUGACCCCUGA